UCAAUAAGCUUCUUCUACACCCUUUUUACCUUGCAACCAGAUAUGGAUACACUGAGUUGCGUGCUAAUCUUGCUACUAACAUGCGUUGUUACACAAGCUUUUCUUUCAAUUGUUGUAGGAAGAAACAAAGCAAAGUACAAGCUUCCACCAGGACCAUUCCCUCUUCCUAUAAUUGGAAACCUCCUUGCACUUGGCAACAAGCCCCACCAAUCCUUGACCAAGCUUGCUAAGAUUCAUGGCCCCAUACUUGCUUUAAAACUAGGCCAAGUAACAACCAUAAUAGUCUCUUCAGCUGAGUUGGCAAAACAGGUUCUCCAAACCCAUGAUUCCUCACUUUCAGAUAGAACCGUUCCCCAAGCUUUAUCAGCUCUCAACCAUGACCAGUUUGGCGUGGGCUUCCUCUGUGUUACACCACUCUGGCGUGACAUGAGAAGAAUAUGCAAGAAUCAAUUAUUCUCCAACAAGACUCUCGAUGCAAGCCAAUACCUCAGGCGCAAAAAAAUAGAGGAUCUUCUCAGUGAUGUGAAUCAAAGCUGCAUAAGUGGUGAAGCAGUAAAUAUUGGAGGAGCAGCUUUCAAGACUUCACUUAACUCGUUAACAAAUACUAUUUUCUCUAUAGACUUUAUUCAGAAUUCAAGUGACACGGGAGAGUACAAGGAUAUAGUGAUGGGAAUCUUGAAAGCCGUGGGAACACCAAACAUGGCUGAUUUUUUCCCAUUGUUGAAGACAAUUGAUCCACAAGGCAUCAAAAAGAGCUAUGCUUGUUAUAUUGGUAAGUUGUUCCAUGUCUUCGACAACUUAAUUCACCAAAGGUUGAAGCUCAGAGAAGGGACAAAUUAUGUCACCAACAACGACAUGCUGGAUGCCUUACUCGACAUUUCUGAAGAUAAUAGCAAGGAGAUGGACAACGAAAAGAUUAAACAUCUACUACAUGAUCUACUUGUUGGGGGAACUGAUACAACUGCAUAUGCACUAGAAUGGGCAAUGGCUGAGGUGCUUCACAACCCAAAUGCUAUGUCAAAAGCCAAAAAAGAACUUGAAGAAACUGUUGGAAUAGGAAAGCCAAUUGAGGAAUCAGACAUUGUUAGACUCCCUUACCUACAAGCAAUUAUAAAGGAGACCUUACGCUUGCACCCAAUAGCUCCACUUUUGCUUCCUCGAAAAGCCAGGACAGAUGUGGAACUCAAUGGCUAUAUCAUUCCAAAGGGUGCACAAAUACUAGUUAAUGAGUGGGCUAUUGGCAGGGAUCCAGAAUCAUGGGACAAUCCAAACUUGUUUUCUCCUGAGAGGUUUUUGGGGUCAAAAGUUGAUAUUCAGGGCAAAAAUUUUGAGCUCACACCAUUUGGCAGUGGACGGAGAAUAUGUCCUGGUAUGCCAUUGGCUAUCAGGAUGUUGCACUUGAUGUUGGGUUCAUUAAUCAAUUCUUUUAAUUGGAAGCUUGAAAAUGGUAUGAAAUCUGAAGAGAUGGACAUGGAGGAAGCAAUACAAGGACUUGCCAUAAGAAAAAGUGAAACCUUGCGAGUUGUUCCAAUCAAAAUAAGUAUUUAAAAUGCAUGCCAUACAUAUAUAUUUACUUGUAAUGUAUUGUGCCUCUUCCGCAAAUAAGCAAGAGUAAGACUGGGAUUACCCUCACACUUAUUCUAGUUAGUCACGAUCUAAUGAGGAGUGCUUUUUGUUUUUUUUAAUGUAUCGUAUGACACUUAGACAUAUAUAAACAACAGUGGUGUUCCUACCGUUGUUCAAGAAUAUUGUUUAAAUAACAGAAUAGCAAGUGUGCCUUUGGUA